UACCGAAGAUGUUUUGGCGGAAAUGACCGAGGCCUUAAUUAAUUGCGGCGGUCGUCCAAGGUUCACAUUUCAUUGGAGAUUUUUAGAGAAAUUUCAUUAUUUUGGAGGAAAUUACCGAGUUUGAAGAAGAGCUGAAGUGAAAUUGCAAUUGUCCUGGUGUGGACAGUGAGAGGAAAAGAAUAGAAAUGAAGAAUAAGAUUGAUAAUGUGAAUCCUGUGAUCUACCAGCGCAAAUUGGAUCGACAUGUGCUCCCUGCCGAGGAAGACGAAAGCGUAAUUGACGAAAUCGAUGUCCGGGAAAUUUUCGAUUUGGUCCGAAAUAUCAACGAUCCUGAACAUCCACUUACAUUAGAAGAACUGAACGUCGUCGAUGAAGAUCACAUUCAGAUCGAUAACAGCAGUAAUCUGGUGACAUUAGCCUUCACACCGACCAUACCUCACUGUAGCAUGGCCACACUAAUUGGUCUUUCUAUUCGUGUGAAGCUACUUCGCUCAUUGCCAACCCGUUUUAAGGUGGACAUUGCCAUUGCCCCAGGCACACACAAUUCAGAACAAGCGGUCAACAAACAAUUGGCCGACAAAGAAAGGGUCGCCGCUGCUUUAGAGAACAGUCAUUUGUUGUCCGUUGUUAACCAAUGUCUCUCAACUAAAUCAAAAACGUGACAAGGUUUCUGUGAAUGGGACAAGAAUUCUUGCGUGAAUAUGUAUCAAUCCGGCCUCUACAACCUCCUUUGUUGUUAUGUAAUAUAAAUUAUUUUGUUUAUUAUAUUCAUUUGUAUAACCAUUACAAGUUUUCCUUCCAAACUUA